AUGUUUCGCAUCCUGGUCUUCGCGGCAUGUCUCCGACUUUAUCAUGCAAGACUACUCCUCUUCUGGGCUGUAGACAGCAGCAAAAGGACGCAGGACCUGGUGAAGCAAAAUGUCCGUCACGUAGAAGAUGCUGGCAUACCACACGACGUGAUCCUUGCACACUACCGUGGUUCUCAGAACGACUGGGAUCACACCUGGUACCAGGAGCAUGUUUCCGAAUCUUUGGUUGCCAGAGGCUACAAGUUCCGUCUCAUGCAGAAAGCCUACAAGGACGGGCUUUGGGAGAAGCGCUACGAGUUCAUAUGGGCCCUGGACAGUGAUAUCGACCUCUCCAAGGCGGACCUCCCUCACUUCUUGGAGAUGGCCCGGCUCAGCCGCUCUCCCAUCGUCGGUCCGACAUUCGUACAAGCCAAUGGUAAGCCUUUGGUGCCUUUGCUGGUCCAGGAGCACAGCGCUGUGGUUCGCCGGGAAGGCCAUGCUCCUUCGAGAGGCAGCCGCCGACAUGCCCAGCAGAUCAGCGGUCCGAAUGUCAUCCAAAGUCCUGAUCGAGGAUGUGACUUCCGGCACACGGACUUCGUGGAGCUCACUGCACCGCUUCUCAAAUCGGAAGUGCUACAGCUUGUUCUUCGGGAUUGCCGCUCAUGCAUCCAAGACAAAUCGGACUGGGGAUUGGACAUGAUGUGGUGCAAAUAUGCGUCCAAGAGGUUGAAGAAUCAGGCAUGUGCCUUGAUAGAUUCAGCUCCAGUUGUCCACUUG